CAACCAACCCUUUCAAAACCCUUCAUUUUUCUCUCCAAAGCCGUUCGAUCCUUUCUCUCCUUAAAAUGCCCUAAACCCUGGUCUUCGUCUUCUCGGUUCGAGUCGCGUAUACCUAAAUAUAAGUAGUCGGUCGAUCGGGUGGGUCUUUGUUGAUUUUAAUAGUGUUGUAAUUCUUGAGAUGGUCUCCGCUGACGGUGGGUCUAGAGUCGAGGGAACUACGCAGAUACUGUCAGCACGAGUGCGCAAGACCAUCCAGUCCAUUAAAGAAAUCGUGGGAAAUCACUCUGAUGCUGAUAUUUACGUUGCUCUAAAAGAGACAAACAUGGAUCCUAAUGAAACCGCCCAGAAGUUACUUAACCAAGAUCCUUUUCAUCUGGUGAAGAAAAAAAGUGACAAGAAGAAAGAGAUCAUGGUGCACACUGGUUCGACAUAUCAAAGGAAACAUAAUGAAAAUGUAGGCCAAGGGAUGAAAUCUGAGAAUGUUGUCAGCCUAGGAAUGAAAUCUGAGAAUGGUUUUGGGCAAGGGAUCAAAACUCAUACAUUCUCUAAUCGUAUUGCUCGAAGGGGAGGUUAUGCUCGUAGCACUUUACUUGGAAUCAACAGAGAAUUUCGGGUAGUGAGAGACAAUCGUGUUAAUCGGAAUACAAGUAUAGAAGUGAAGCCUGCUUCACAGCAGGAUCCAAUAUCUGCCAAUGAGCAGUAUGUUGUCAGUGACUUUAGAAUGAGCAUAUCAGGGACUUCAAGCAGUUUAACGCCCUCUGGCAGCAGAAAUUCAUCGGAAGCUUCUGAUGGGUCAAAUGGUCCACAACCUAGACAUGCCCGAGAUGCUAAUUCAAAUGUGUCUGACGGGAAACUAUUGAUGGAAAAGCCGCCUGUGGUCAAUAUUCCUGUGUCUCGGUCUUCACAAGUGGUGAAACUCGGUAAUUCGAAACAACAACAUUUGGCUACACUGGCAUCAACAGAUCCUGUUCAUGUUCCAUCUCCAGAUCCCAGAACAGCUGCUGCUGUAGGUGCUAUUAAGCGUGAAGUUGGGGUUGUGGGUGGUCGGCAGCAGUCUGCUGAUGCUGUCAAAGAUGCGUCUGCACCUAGUAGUUCAUUUACAAAUGCAUUAUCAGGGCGAGAGAAUUCUUCUGAAACAUUUCGACCUUUCCAUGCAAUUUCUAAAAGUGGCCAACUUAAUCAAAGUUCUCUAGGUGAAACAAUUAUUCCCAGCAUUCCUGCAAGUAGAUCAUUCUUAAACAAUCAGUAUGGUGGCAGGCCCCAUCAACAAGUUGUUGGUCAUCAAAAAGUUCCUCAAGCCAAUAAGGAGUGGAAACCAAAAUCUAGCCAGAAAUCUGCUGCUAUUAGCCCUGGGGUUAUUGGAACUCCUACAAAAUCUACUCCUGCUGAUAAGUCAAGGGGCUUUGAAUCAAAAGUAGCUGAGUUGCAGGACAGUUUUUCACAAGUACAUGUCUUUGAGAAUCAGAAUGUAAUUAUUGCACAGCAUAUCCGAGUUCCGGAGACUGAUCGUUGUCAGGUUACCUUCGGCAGCUUUGGGGUGGACAUAGAUUCUUCAAGGAAUUUUGAUUCUGGAUUGACAAAUGGAGUUACAGAAGAAUCUCAUGGGGACUCGGCUGUUAGCUUGUCUGCAUCUUCUCGAGCUGCUUCUGGUGAUGAUUCUUCCGCCAACAGGCAGGAAGAGCUGCUUGAUGAUCAAAGUAGAAACUCUGGAUCUGACUCCCCAUCAUUAAAUGGAGCAUCUGAAAUUCAAUUGUUGGAUAAGAAUGAGUCAUCAAGUCCUCAGAAUUUGGACAACUAUGCAGAUAUUAGGCUGGUCAGGGACAACAGUGCUGCCUAUGCUCCGGAAUCUAGACAGCAGCAAGAUACUCCUGAAUUUCCAAGCUUUUCAGCAUAUGAUCCCCAGACUGGUUAUGAUAUACCAUACUUCAGACCUACAGUAGAUGACACUAUACGAGGACAGUUCCUACCUUCUCCUCAGGAGGUUUUAAGCUCACACGUGACCAAUAGCAUACCUGCAUCAACAAUAGCCAUGGUUCAACAGCAGCAACAACCACCGAUGGCCCAGAUGUACCCUCAAGUUCAUGUUUCCCAUUUCACCAAUCUUAUGCCAUAUCGCCAGUACAUCUCUCCAGUUUUUGUCCCUCAGAUGGCUGUGCCUGGCUACUCUAAUAAUCCUGGUUAUCCACACCCAUCAAAUGGCAGCAGUUAUUUGCUAAUGCCUGGUGGUAGUACCCACCUUGGUGCCAAUGGCCUCAAGUAUGGAAUUCAGCAGUUCAAGACAGUACCUGGAGGCAGUCCCACAGGGUUUGGAAAUUUCCCUAACCCGACAGCUUGUGCUGUUAAUGCACCUGGUGUUGUUGGGAGCGCAAUUGGACUUCAAGAUUCAUCUCAAAUCAAGUAUAAAGAGAGCAAUCUGUAUGUUCCUAAUCCUCAGGCCAAGACAUCUGAGGUUUGGUUGCAGAAUCCGAGGGAGCUUUCGGGCUUGCAGUCUGCUCCAUACUAUAACAUGCCUGGCCAAACACCACAUGCUACUUAUUUGCCAUCCCAUACGGGUCAUGCUUCAUACAACGCAGCUGCAGCACGAUCUUCUCACAUGCAGUUUCCAGGCGUAUAUCAUCCCUCUCCACAAUCUGCUGCAAUGGCCAAUCCACACCACUUGGGCCCUGCUAUGGGAGGUAAUGUUGGAGUCGGGGUUGCGCCUGGUGCUCCUGGGGCACAAAUGGGUGCUUAUCAGCAUCCCCAACCUGGUCACCUCAACUGGACAUCGAACUUCUGAAGUCAAAUGUCAACCUAUACCCCCUUUGCUUGUAAGGGACCAAGUAGAUAUAAGAGGUCCCGUCUUCUUUGCAAGACAAGUUACUUACAAUUUAAUCACAUUCAAAUAUUCAAUGUAUAAUGUUGCAGUUAAUUUCAUUCCCUUCUACUAU